UUCUACUGCAUUUUUUUUUUGGCUGCCAGUCCGUAUUGUGCGCCUCGCAGUUCAGCUUCCCAUUUCUUCGAAGAAUCGGUCCAACGCCCUUAUUUUCUUGGCUUGUUGGCGUCUCGCAGAACUCCUAUGGUGUCUUCGUCUUCCCAUAAGCUUUUAUUUCGCCAGUUACGAGCAGGGAGGUCUCUUCCUUCUAUGGCUUCACGCUCUCUCUACUCCUCCACUAUUUUCUUCUCUUCUCCUUGCCAUCUUUCUCCCACGGCUUUGUCUUCCAUCAGAAGAGCUGAGCUCUUGUUAUUCGAGUUCCCCAGCCUUUCUAGUAGGGCGGCUUUCUUCUGUUCGCAUCCUUCUCAGAUGGACGAAGAUCCAGGUCCGACUGCCAUUGAUUACCAAAUGCUCGUCUCUGAGGAUGAUUUUCACAGGCUAGCUGAUUCGACUUUAUAUGAUCUGCAGGAGAAGUUUGAAGAAUAUGGCGAUUCCGUCCAGAGUGAUGGUUUUGACAUUGACUUUGGGAAUCAGGUUUUGACACUGAAGCUUGGUAACUUGGGCACCUAUGUGAUUAACAAGCAAACCCCAAAUAGGCAAAUUUGGUUAUCUUCACCUGUGAGCGGACCGUCUCGAUUUGAUUGGGAUGAGACGAAUAGAGCCUGGGUGUAUCGACGAACUAAAGCGAACUUAUAUCGACUUCUCGAAGAUGAAAUUGAAUCACUUUGCGGUAAGCCAAUCUCUCUCUCCUGAACCAAAGCUGUAUUGAAAACCUCCAUUGUUAGAGAAAGAGAUGAUUACAGUUAUAGAUCAUCAAGCUUUAUAAAACCACCUAAAAUUGCUAUGUAGUUCUGUCAUCUGUCAAUAAAAAUUAGAAUUCCAUGAGUUCCAAAUGCAGAUAUGAGCUGAUACUAACCUUAGUUUCUUGGCUGUGGAGAAUAUAGCAUAUGAUUUUAUUGCGAUAAUUAUCAAAGUUUUGUA